AUGAUUUUUACGGUUUUUAGAGCAAUAACUUGGAAUGAAUUUGCAGUUCAAAGAUUCAAAUGCGACCAAUGCGGCCGUUCUUAUAAACACAAAACAAAUCUGUGCAAUCAUAAAAGAGAAGAAUGUGGCAAACCCCCAUCUCAUUUUUGUCCCAUUUGUAAGAAGGGCUUUAAAAAGAAACAACAUCUUCAGCGACAUCUUAUAGUACAUAGUGAUUAUGAUCCAACCGUUCAAAAUUCUGAUCCCAAAAUGCUUCAGCAACUUUUAGGUUUCAUACCAAAACCUACUACAAAAUCAGAUUCUGUUUUACCAAAUCCCUCACCACAUCCUUAUAAUUCUUCUACAAGUAUCGUGAAUCCUUCAAACGUACAAUUAAACAGAUCAGUUUCCUAUCCAAAUUCAUACCCUGAAACUGGUGUUGCUGAUACACAAAAUCCAUACAAAACUCAGAGUCUUUAG